CGUGGCGGCCGCCAGUCCACACUUUGCUCGCGAUGAGUCAUGGCCAACGUGAGAGUUCUUGUCAGGGUUAGACCCCCAUCGCUCAAGGAAAAAGUUGACAAAGAGCCUGUGAUCGUUAGAGUCAAUCAUGAAAACAGCACUGUCGAGGUUACGAAUACAAAGGUGCCAGACAAUGCCGAGUACGACAGCCGAGAGAAAAUUCGAGUGUUCGCAUUCCAGGAGUGCUUCGACUGGGACACGCAGCAAGAACAAAUUUUCGAGAGCGUCGGCUCUCAAGUGAUAAAUUCGGCCUUCAGCGGCUACAACUCCUGCGUUCUAGCGUACGGGCAGAGUGGCACAGGCAAAACUUUCACCAUGAUGGGCUCACAGGAGUGUCCAGGACUGACACCUCGCAUCUGCCGCGCCGUGUUUCCUCGUUUGGCCGGCGAAACGUCUUCCAGUCACGAGCAUCCGAUCCGAAUCACAGUCAGCUUUUUGGAGAUACACAAUGAGAGAGUGCGAGACUUGCUGAGAAUCCGAUCUUCCACGCACCUCAAGGUCAGGGAGCACCCGCAAAAAGGCACAUAUGUAGAAGGUUUAAGCGAAAUUUGCGUGAGCGACGAGGGCAGUUUGAUCGGCCUACUGAACGAAGGCAACUCGCGGCGGUGCACGGCCCAGCUGGGCGAGCACUCGCGCUCAAGCAGGAGCCACGCGGUAUUCAGCCUUUGCCUCGCGAGGCGGCAGGCCAGCAGUAAGGCGAACCUUGUGGACUUGGCCGGCAGCGAACGAGCCGCCUCUGGGGGCAGCAGGAAACGCAAGGAGGAGGGCGCCAACAUAAACAAGUCGCUGGUCACCCUCGGAAAUGUGAUUUCGGCGCUCGCCGAGAAGUCUCGCAACAGUAAACGCCGCUAUCACGUCUACAUUCCGUACAGGGAUUCGGUGCUAACCUGGCUUUUGAGAGACUCGCUUGGUGGAAACGCAAACACUUUCAUGAUAGCCACUGUUUCUCCGGCCAACGGCAGCUACAGUGAGACGGUGAACACCUUGCGUUAUGCCCAGCGGGCAAAGUACAUCAUCAACACGCCCAAAAUGAACGCUACCAACGACGAGACGAACAAAACCAUACUGGAGCUGAAGGCCGAGGUGGCACAGCUCAGAGCCGCACUUGCAAAAAUGCAAAUGAAUGGCACAGUGCAACACAAGCGGCUGAUAUCUCCUUGCGUGGCUAGUCAGGACGAGAUGAAGGCGAAACGCUGGGUCGCUCGCUACCAUAGACACAUCUCUAGUCUACAGCACCCUUGCCCUCAAUCAUACUCGACAACAUUGCAAUUCUUCAUGGGCCAGGGCAGCUCGAGCGUCAGCGAGGCCGUACCCGCGCCCCCGCCCGCGGCACCACCAGAAGAGGCAGUAGAAGUGAAGGAAUUGCCAUGCACGCUGCUGCCGGUCAUGCUGCUGGAGGCCGAUCCGCGCCUCUCCUCCUCGUGCGACCUCGUCUACCGCAGUCCGUCCCGCAAGAUCAGCCGCAGCCAGCACCGCGACUACUCCUCCCAAGACUCGAUUCAGGCCGACUCGGGCCUUUCUCCCGAAAACUCCCUGGCGUCCAGCAGCAGCAGUCUCGAGUCCAACCGCAGUCUUGACAGCCGGAGGAGUUUGUCGAACAGACCGAAGAGCGGAAUUCCGAUCAGGGUGCGGUCGUCCAGCUCGCCGGACCUGACCGCCCUGAAGAACAAGAAGCGCACCAAGCAGGACAUCGUGGCCGACGUGACCAAGCGGCUGUACCCGAUCAAGAAGAUCAGGGAGCGGGCCCUAGCCUUCGCGGCCGCUGCCGCGACCGGCGAGGAAAGCGAGACGUGCUCCAAAGCCGCCAACCGCCUCAGGGACCUGAGCAAGCGGCUGCUGGAGGCCCACAGGAAGGCCAAGGGCAAGGUGGAAGUCGAGACGCAGACGGAUAGCGAGGCGCACUCGACCAAGGAGGCGGCCGUGGAGACGGACAGCCGCCUGCCGACGGCCUUCCUCGCCUCGGACAUCCUGCUGCCCGUGUGUCUGCUGCGACACCCCAGUCUGGACACAGUCGUGCAGCCGGACCUGCUGAACCAGUGCCGCAGCUGUGAAAAGCUCAGCGACGAGUGCAGCUUCUCCGACGACAGUCUGGACAACUGUCUGCACAAAAGCGUGGACACGGACUCUCUGGACGACCUGCUGGACGGCUCGCCGAAGCAGCAGCAGGGAAAGAGAAUUGUGUUGAAAAGUGACUUGGGCUCUCAGGGUGGUUGGGAGGUGAAGCUCGAGGUCAGCAGUGACGACGGCGUGGUGAAAGUGGUGCACAGCUCUGACGAGUCGCGGCCGCUGUCCAGCGACGACAACAACUCGUGUCCGUCGCCACUGAGCUCAGAGGGUGGCAGUUUUGGCAGUGACUCUUCGUCCGGUGACGACAUUUUGUACUUCAUGCAAACUCCUCAGCAGAGCCAAGACGCGCCGACGGCACGUUUCGAGCGGUCGCUCUACACGAUUCUCGAGAGCAGCGAGCACAGUGAACAAAGCGACGCGACCGCUGCUUCCCCGACGGCCUUUUCCUUCGAAGCACGCAAUUCGCCCAAAUUAUCCCAAAGCCCGAAAAUGGACCAAAACAAGAACUUCACCAUCGAGAUUACGAACAAUAACGGCGCCGGCUGCAAAUUCGCCAACCCACCGACUUGCUCAAUUUCGUUCAGCGACGCUAAUUGCAAUCACGUGCGGCCGCCCACGCCGCCGGCCAAACCAGAGAUUUUGUUCGAGGGCGAGCUGAAAAUCAGGCCCAAAUUCGCGAUCGGCAGUAUUUUGCACAACAAGCCGACCGUGUGCUACCCCAACGACAGUGCAAGACUGAUCUCCAACAGUUUUUAUCCAGAGUUCACGAAGGGCCUGGAAGACUUCAUGUGCAAAAGCGCCCCGCCGACGUUCACGGCGCCGCAACAAUUCGUGACUGAAACGACCGCGUCCAUCAGGACGCCGCUCUCCUCCGAUUCUUCGCAAGAUGAAUAUUAUCAGCAGGCGAAAUCCUGCUCCGCCGACCAAAUUAAUUCUGACGCAUCAUGCGGGCAUCCGGAAAUUAGGUCAGUGCUGGAUGAUUCGUCCGCUGACACCAAAGUUCACAGCGAUAAAUUUCAUACCAAUCAAUAUUUGAACGAGGAAGAAGCGUACGAGAUCAAGAAAAUACAGGAUGCGCGUGACCCGACCAGCUCGAAAUCGAAUGGGAAUAUGGCUCGGCUCCCAGUGCAAGAGAAGGAAAACUGUGAGUCUACGGCUUCACAAAGCGUCGAAAAUCCAGCCGUUCCAGUUCCUUGGGCAGACCCGAACCAGAGAAAAUUCCUUAACAUCAGCGUUACGACCCCGGCGAGAGGGCCUUGCAUCGUGCGUCGAGACGCGAGUUUCAACUCCGAGGACAGCAUCACCUUCGUGUUCGUUGGACCCAACCAGAAGAACUCGCCCCCCGUGCUGAUGGAGCUCAUCAAGCGUUCUUCCAAAGGUCUACGCCGCUCGCUGUCUCUGGACUCGGCCACCAGAGCCCUGGGCCGCAUUACAAAACGCAACUCAAAAAGCGACUCUAACCGCUCGUGCAGCACGGACGACCUCGCGCCCGAAGACACCCGCUCUUUCCUGGAGCAAACCAAAACCUCCGACGGGCCAAACCACAACUUCAAACGACUGCGGUGCGAGGCCCUGACGCCGUCGGACAGCGAAGUCCGCUCGACGGACGAUGACUUCGACGACUCCCCUCCACCAGAGUUCCCAAAAUCUACCGGCUUCGAGACGCAUCAGUCGUGGGCCGAGAUGAAAGGCAUCAUCCUCGGACAGCAAGUGCGCCGGGCGUCCGACUCGCCAAGCCCCCCACCUAUGCCUGCGAGACGCAGGAACUCUGGCAAAAAGGCCGUCUCCUGGUCCGACAUCAGCGGCUGCGGCCUCAUCAGCUCGCCCAGCACGCACAGCCUGCCGUCGCCGGUGACCAGUUCGCCCAAGCCCAUCAUCAAGAAGACCAGCCUGCCGCCCGUGCCACAGUCGCGGUCGCCCAGCCCCGGAUUCAGCAGGCCCCUGCGGGAGCGCAGUCUGUCCGUGCCCGGGGCGUCCCGCUUCAGCCGCGGCUGGAGCGAAGACAGCAGCCCCAGCCCCGAGCGGCUGCGAAGGGACGCCCUCAGCCGCAGUCCACCGCGCUGCGGCUCGCCGAGGUGCCACAGCGUCGGCGACAUGACGCAAAUCGGCGUCGAGCAGGAGCCGAUCCGUCAGUUCCUGGCGCAGGCCACCGACCUCCUGUACAGCCUGAGCGAUCUGUCCAGACAAAUCGAGCACAACAUCCCGCCGACCCCACCGAGACCCCUCGAGGAGCGUCCGCACUCGCGAGGCGCGUGCUUCCACUGCAGCAGCUCCUACCCUGCGCAACCCGUCACCGCCCCCUCCCGGUUUUCUUGGUACGAACCCUCGCCCUUGGAGCGGCAGCUGGAGGCCUCGUGUGCGAGACUGGAGGCCAGUUUGAGGAAUCCGCCGCAGUGGCAACAGCUGUGCGAAGAGGAGCCGCCGCGGCCGGUGCGCAGGCAGAGGGCGCGUUGGCAGCAGCCCCACCAACUGCCCCCGCUGCCCCACCAACCGAGACCCCAAUUCUCGCCAAGGGCUUAUAUGCGGUACCUGCUAGGCGUUCGGAAGAGGAUCAUCCAGUCGGCGCGACAGGACAAUCAAAGGAACCCUGAUGAGGAUUUGUGAGUUAGACCCAAGAAACGAAAAAAACUUCGGCGACGCGUACUUUUGUCUGAAUCUGAAUGGAAUCAGCCCGAAAUAGGUGAUUUAGAAUAUAUGUCCGAAAGGAAGGAAUUUGUACAAAAAUAUAAUAUCAUAUUUUGUUUCAACUUUCUCCGACUCAAUUCUGCUACUUUUCGGACAUCAUGAUUGAUAAAAUACUGACAAGGAAACCCUUAUGAUUUGACGGUUUAGAUUUUGGUGACAUUUUGAGCUCGUGUUGUAUCCAAUGAGUUAAGAGAUAUCCCCAGGGGAAAUUUUUGAUCCAACGCAGUUUUUGAGUUAUGCGCAGAACUGCCAGCUCAAAAAAUUAAAAAUCAUCUUGGGAUUUUGCAUGGCAAAUGGUCAAAUAUCAAAUUUUUGAACCAGCUUUCAUUCGCUCUUCUUAAUAAUUUCCUUGGUAUGAUAUCGAUAUUUAAUUUAACCUUUUAAUUGGAACAAAACAUGAUUUUUUUAAAUUCCAGCAACUCUGGCAAUAUCCAAAUAUAUUGGAAAAUUCCAAAUCACCGCAAUUUCGGGAAAAUCAGGCGAUCCCAAAUUUAGACCAAAGUGCCCUGGACUCUUAAAGAAAAAUGACCAAAAUUGAUGCUAAUUUUAGAUUAAAAAUUAUAAUAGUGUAAUGUAAGUUUUGUGUUAUUUUUGUACUUAGAUAAUUUUGUAAUAUGUUUAUUUAAUAAUACAAAUUCUAUUAUUUCAA